AUGGAUAUCCCAAAGAUCCCAGCCAAAAUUGCGGGCACUAUCAGAGAACUCCAUCCUUUGGCUGUGGCCAUUCCACAAGCUGUGGUUGGGCCCCCAACAUUGGCAUUGGAAGCCAAUAGUAGAAGCUUUCUUUCUAAUCCCAGCAAUUUUCCGACGCCAAGUAUGAUAGCCAGGUGGACAACCAAUUGCACAAAAGCAAAUGCAAAAACACCUGGUGUUGUAUUUAUCACAUUCCAUAUGCUCCCAUUUGCUCCAACCACCGCAAAGAAUACCUGCCCACAAUUAUAG